AUGGAGUGGAGAACAUCCACAGUCUGUAUACUGCUUCUGGUGCUUACCGGGAUUCAAGUUGAUUCAAAGAUGGUCUAUACCAGUAACCAUGUCAACAGCAUCUGCAGCAUGUGGGGAAACUUCCACUUCAAGACAUUUGAUGGAGACGUGUAUCAGUUCCCAGGCACAUGCGAGUAUAACCUGGUGUCUGACUGCCAAAGCCUCAUUCGCCAGUUCUCAGUUCACGUGAAGAGAACAGAACACAGCACUGGCCCAAACAUCAGCAGGGUGUCGAUUACCAUCAAUGACAUUGGUGUUGAGUUGACAGAGAAACAGGUCGUAGUCAAUGGAGAAAAAGUAACGCUGCCUGUGCACGUCGCAGGGAUUCUUGUGGAAGAGAACACAAUUUACACCAGACUCUAUUCCAAAAUGGGUAUCACUGUCAAGUGGAAUAAAAAGGAUGCUGUUAUGGUGGAACUCGACUCCAAAUAUUCCAAUCGCACUUGUGGGCUGUGUGGCGAUUUCAAUGGCGUCCCAGUUUAUAGUGAGUUCAUUGAAUCAGGAUGGAAGGUUGGCUAUGCUGAGUUUGGUAAUAUGCACAGAGUUCCCAACCCAACACAUGCCUGCAAAGAUCCUUUUGAAACCGACGAUGAGCAAAAUGUGGUUAACAAAUGUGAAAAAUUUCAGGCAGAUUGUGCAGACCUUUUGAAGGAUGAAAAAUGGUCUUCUUGUAGCAGGGUUUUGAACCGUGAGCCGUAUAUCAAGGCCUGUACAAAUGAUAUUUGCUUACGUCAACCUGAAGAUGAAGACACCAACACUUCUGCGCUCUGUGCGACGUUGUCUGAAUAUUCACGUCAGUGCUCUCACGCUGGAGGAACUCCGCCGUCCUGGAGAACGGCAAACUUCUGUGCUGUGACAUGCCCGUACAAUAUGGUACAUUCUGAAAGCGGCUCCCCCUGUAUGGACACAUGCUCACACAAAGACACAAACACACUGUGUGAGGAACACAACAUAGAUGGCUGCUUCUGUCCGCCAGGAACUGUGUUUGAUGACAUCUCAAACACGGGCUGCAUCCCAGCAGAAAAGUGUCAGUGCAAGCAUGACCGCAUCUACAGCACAGGAGAGAUCCUACGCAAAGAUGAGGAAGAAUGUAUAUGUGCGGAGGGAAACUGGAUCUGUACGAGUAUUCCCGGCCCUGGCCUGUGCGCUGUAGAGGAAGGAUCACACUUCACCACCUUUGACGGGAAAGAAUUCACUUUCCAUGGAGACUGUAAAUAUGUGCUCUCAAAAGACUGUAAGGAGUCCAGGUUCAUCAUAUUGGGUCAGAUUGUUCCUUGUUUUACUCAUCAAACUGAUACCUGUUUAAAGUCUGUUGUGGUGCUUUUUAACAACGACAUGAAAAAUGCUCUGAUUAUUAAACCUGAUGGGACGGUACAGCACAAUGCAGACGUUACACUUCCUUACAUGACAGCUGACUUCACAGUGUUCAUGCCGUCAUCGUUUCACAUCAUGCUUCAGACCAGCUUUGGGCUGCAGGUGCAAGUACAGCUGGUGCCUCUUAUGCAGGUGUACAUCACUGUGGACCAAAGCUUCCAGGGCAAGACUUGUGGUAUCUGUGGAAAUUUUAACAAAGUGCUGUCAGAUGAUCUCAAGACCCCUCAGGGAGUGGUGGAGGGUACACCGGUUUCCUUCGCAAACGCCUGGAAGGCCCAGUCCAACUGCCCCGACCGUACUGAGAGAAUGGACGACCCCUGUUCCUACAGUAGUGACAGCGAACACUUUGCCGAGCACUGGUGUUCCGAGAUGAAGGACAAGAAGAGCCUCUUUGCCAAAUGUCACGCCACUGUCAAUCCAGACAGCUACUACAAAAGAUGCAAAUACUCCAGCUGUACCUGUGAGAAGAGUGAGGACUGUCUGUGUACGGUGUUCUCCUCAUACUCCCGGGCCUGUGCGGCUAAAGGAAUAUUCCUCCAAGGCUGGCGAGAAAUCGUGUGCGAGAAGUAUACAGAGAAUUGCCCGGCCUCGCAGAACUACUCAUAUCAGCUGCAGAGCUGUCAGCGUACCUGUUUGUCUCUCGCCUCUGAGCGCCAAAGCUGCAGUGUCGACUUCGUGCCUGUUGAUGGAUGUGCAUGUGCAGAAGGACUCUACCAUGAUGAGAAUGGAUUGUGUGUACCUAUGGAAAAAUGUCCAUGUUACCACAACGGACAGAAAAUUAAUCCCGGCAAGUCUGUCACCAUUAGGGAUGAACACUGUUCUCACUGGACUGUCAGUCUGGCUGCCAGUGUCCUUCAGGUCUAUUGGAUGAUGCCAGAGGAUACUGUGUUAAACCAGAUAACUGCCCGUAGGACUUUACUGCUGCUUUCUGAUGGGACUGUAACAGCCACUGACACUGGAAGUGGUCCAGAGAUCAAGUAUACUGAGAGAACCGUUGGGAUGUACCUUGUCAUUGAUGCUAACAUCGGACUGACAGUUUUGUGGGACCACAAAACCACCAUCCGCAUCAUUCUGCAACCUCAGCACAUGGAAGACGUUUGUGGCCUGUGUGGAAAUUUCAAUGGAAAUGCAAAAGAUGACUUUACCACUCAGGGACAUUUGCCAACUACAAAUAUAAUGGAGUUUGUGGACAGCUGGAAAGUGUCAAGUAAUUGCCCGGAUGCAAAACCAGACUUUAAUCCAUGCUUUGAGACCCCCAAUCGAGAGACAUGGGCAAAAAUACAAUGUAGCAUCAUCAAGGAUAUCAAGGGACCAUUCAAAGACUGCCAUAACAAGGUGGAUCAAAACCCAUUUUAUGAGAACUGUGUGAAGGACUCGUGUGCAUGUGACACAGGUGGAGAUUGUGAGUGCUUCUGUACAGCUGUUGCAGCUUAUGCUCAAGCCUGCAAUGAGGCAGGUGUUUGUGUGAACUGGAGAACACCUGAGAUCUGUCCUGUGUACUGUGACUACUACAAUAAUGGAACAGAUGAUUGCACAUGGCAUUACAGUCCUUGUCAUACACCUUGCUACAAAACCUGUCUCAACCCUAAUACCUGCAAUAACAGUUUACCCAACCUGGAAGAUCUGUGUGGAGGAAUGCCCAGCGAUAACAACACCAACAUCUACCCCUAUACCAACAACUACCACAAAGUCUACUACUACAAUAGCACCAACACCAGAAUCAACCACAUCAUCUACCACUGUACCAACAACUACCACGAAGCCUACUACAACAACACCAACACCAGAACCUACCAUAUCAUCUAG